UCCCACCUCUGAGUGAGAGCUCCGGGGUCCAUACCACGGCACCGGUCCAUGCCUCUCAAUGCCUCUCCAUGCCUCUCGUCGACCCCGUCACCAUGUCUCCAACCGCCACAAAGACAGCAAAGGCUCAGUCGGUCUCAGGCAAGCCCAACGAGCCCCAGCAACUGCAGCCUGUCCACCUCAGCUCGACCGCUGCGUCCCAAGCUGCCUGCCAUGUCUUGCCCGUUGUCGUCGCCGGCCUGUUUCUGGCCAGCUUUAAGCCCCUUGUCGCCGACCCUGUCCCAACAAUGACGGCUUCCUUGCCAGUCGUGGCAUUCCUGCAGGUUCUCUAUGCAUUUCAAUGCCUCCCAGCAGCUGGGUCUGGCCCGGCCAGGAACAGGAGGCCAAAGCCCGGCGAGAAAAAGAAGGCCGGUGAAGCCUCCGGCCCCAGCUUUAUCAUUGCUGCCCUCCUCUCCCUCCUGCUCUCGCUCAUCUUGACGCCCCUCCUCCACGCCGUCAUGAUCCUCUUCGGAGCGCCCCUGCUCACCCACGUCUCUCACACCUUCCUCUGCGCUGCGCAUCUGUCCCUGCUCACCGCUUUCCCGCUCUUCUACACCCACGGCGUUGAUGCCGGUACAUGGGCUGCCCUCGCCGCCUUCAAGGCCCCUCUCGACGAGACCUUUGGUGGGCUUCUGGGUGGCUUUCUUGGCGCCUGGCUGGGCGCCGUGCCCAUACCUCUGGACUGGGACCGCGAGUGGCAGAAGUGGCCUGUGACCAUCCUGGCUGGCAUUUAUGCCGGAUACGUGCUUGGGCGUGUUCUGGGUGGCACAGUACUGUUUGGGAGGCGAUUCUGAGCCUUGUCCACGCACUGGUGCCAUCACCUCACCGCUUGGCGAAUGCUGCUCACCUCCCGGUUAUUCAUUCAUUUGAUGCUUGCCUAGGUAGCUAUUGGUGUGGGCGUGUAAGAUACUGUGUCAGAAGUACUUGGCGGAAAGGAAUGGAAUGAUACCCCUAGAAUGUACAAACACAAUAUGCGACAUACAGCUUGGUCAAACCCAAAUCUGACGGCACUGCUUCAUGCGUCCCCUGCUCAGUCUCCCACGCCUCAUUUCACCCACCAUUGCCGCAAUUUUCCCAAUUUCAAAUCCCGAGGAAUCAUAGUCAUUCUCCUAUCCUUCGCCAUCAUGAGCAUGAUUCGACCGUCGCUGCUCUUGUCUAGCGGUGUAUUGCGUUCCAUGGGGCGACAGUCGUCUGCUUUGGUUUGGUUCAUAUCCGGCAUUAGUCGAGCUCAUCGAGAUCUUCUAACGUCCUCGUAUUUACCAAUAUCACUUGCGUCGCUCAUCUGGGGGCAUGGGUCGGAAAGCACUCCUGCGGUUGCUUGCACGCUGUCUAUCACUUCAGCGCUCUGCGCGCCAUCGGCGGAAUGACUUUCUCUAAUUCGGUCUGGGAGAUGGCGAUGAGCGCAUAUUUCACUCCAUUUUCUGGAGACGCGUGUGUUCAACACUCUGAAGGAAGCCAUCAUCUGAGAGAGUUUAU